AUGGUUGUUAUAUCCGGAGAAGGACCAAAAAAUAAGAAGAUCGUCUUUGAUGAUGAAGGUGAUGUGGUGACGGAAGAAAAGCAGCAUAAGAAAAAGAAAAACAAGGAAGAAAACACAGCAAGCAUCAGUGGAGAUGAAGAAGAGAGUACCAAAAAACCUGUUAAGGUGAAAAAAGAGAAAGGAAGUGUUCCAAAGCACUCAAAAAAUAAAAAUGAGGAUAUUGAUGAUGCAGAGACUCCCAAGAAAUGGUAUGAGGUGUAUCCCCAAUACCCCUCCAGUGAGGAAAUCUUGGAUAUGAAAGACAGUGAACAAAUGGAGCUUCACAAUUUGUGUCGUACCUCAUACGAACAGGAGAAGUCAGCAUUUAUGAAAAAAAAUCCCUCGGAUGCCCGCUGGUUACAGACUGCCCUACACAAAGGUACAUCCAAAGAUCGUGCCAAUGCUGGUGCCUUGUUGGUAACAAGCAACCCACUGGCCAAUCUGGAAGCCCUUUCCACAUUGAUUGGUUUCACUAAAAUGUCCAAUAAAUCAUGUGUUGAAGUUAUAACAAUUAUAACAGACCUGUGGAAGGAGGUUCUAUUGCCGGCUUUUCGUAAACUAUAUUCCAUACAAAUGCGUGGUGCCGACUGGAAGGCUGUACGCAAGGAUAGCAAUUUAACAAAAGAACAGCAAAGGAAAAUCUAUGCAUAUUGGCAUUUUGAAAAUGAACUAAAGGAUUUGUAUUUUGAGUUUUUGAAAAAUUUACAACAAAGUCUACAAGGUGGUCAGGAAAAUAAUAAGACCACCUCAAUUGUGGCUGCAUCCCAAUUACUUAUGUAUGCUCCGGAAAAGGAGCAAAUGCUACUCACCAUGUUGAUUAAUAAAUUGGGUGACCCUUUGGCCAAGGUGGCCUCCAAGGCCUUGCAUCAUUUAACCGAUGUGGCACAUCGACAUCCCAACAUGUGUGGUGUUAUUGUAACUGAAGCUGAAAAGCUACUCUUCCGUAACAACAUUUCCGAGAGGGCACAACAUUUUGCUUUGUGCUUUUUGGCCAGUAUUGCACCAGCCGGUAGACCCGAAGUUUGUACAAAAUUGGUAAAUAUUUGUUUCGCCCUCUUCAAGGUGCUGGUACAAAAGGGCGCUGUGAAUAGCCGUACCAUGCAGGCCAUUUUACGAUGUCUACAAAAAGCCAUUGUUGAGGCUAAGCCGACAGAUGGCAAUAAGGAAUUGCUAAGCAAAGAUAUGCAGGAUACCAUUUAUCGUUUAGUUCACUUAGCCGAUAUACAUGUGUCGAUACAAACCUUGGGUUUGCUACUGCAAUUGGUCACGGUGAAAACCGAAAAAGGAGAUCGUUUCUAUAAUGCUCUCUAUAAAAAGUUAUUGGAUAUGAAUCUGACCACAAUUGGUAAUAAGACAGCAGCCCAACUCCUUCACAUUGUUCAUCGUGCUGUGUACAUAGAUUCACAUGUACCACGAGCCCAAGCUUUUAUUAAAAGGCUUCUUCAAUUGGCUUUAUACACUCCGUCAAAUGUGGCGGCAGGCUGUUUGAUUGUUAUACAAAAAUUACUCCAGACACGUAAGGAGCUGUCUCCAGAUUAUGUUAAGAGAAAUGGGACGGAAAAUGUAACGCCGUUUACAGGCAAAAUUUUACCCACCGAUGAGGAAUUAAAUAAAUUCGAUAGUGAUGGUGAGGAAAAAUAUGAAGAUGUGCCAGAAGACGCCAAGGAGGAGGGUGUGAAAGAAGAUUCAAAGGAGGCUAUCAAAACGGAGGAAAAGAAACCAUCAUCAUCAUCGUGGCAUCAUACCAAGGUUGCUGAAAAUAAAAAUACUGAAGGGAAAGUAAAGGAAUUGGCCCCCAGUAAAUAUGAUCCAUUCCAUCGUGUACCAGAUUUUGCUGGGGCCGAAUUUGCCAUGCAAAAUGAAUUGUUAUUGCUGCGCAGACAUAUUCAUCCCACAAUUGAAGUAUUUGCGGAGAGUGUUUUAAAUAAUAAACGCAUCGACUAUUAUGGUGAUCCAUUGAGAGAUUUCGGUUUGGCCCAUUUCCUAGAAAGAUUCUCCUUUAAGAAUCCCAAAAAAUUGGAAGAUAAAUCGGCCGCUGUUUCCCAGCAUCCCUUGGCCCACAAAUCAUACAAAUCCUAUGGAACACGUGGCAUGCCAGUGAAAUCCCUAACUAAGAACAAUUGUACCGAAGAGGAAAUGUUCAUAUUCAAUUAUUUGGAACACAAACGUAAACAAGCUGAGUUGGUGAAGAGCAAAACCGGAGAUGGUGAUGAUGAUGAAGAGGAGGAGAGUGGUCUACAGGCCCGUGAUGUUGAUGAUGACGAAUUUGAAGAUUAUUUGGAUGGAUUUUUCGGUAAAAAAUCGAAAAAGGCCAAGAAGGAAGAAGAAGGAGAGAUAAGUGAUCCGGAGGAGUUAGAUUUCCUCAAAGAUUUGGGUGUUGAACCGGGCAAAUCAUCUGAUGGUAAAUUGAAGAAACCCAAAAGUAAAAAGAAAGUCACAGAUGAAGAUGAUGUGGAGGAUAUUGAUGCAGAUUGGGGUGAUGAUGAUGAUGAAGACGAUGAAGGCGACGAUGAGGAGUUGGAUGGUGAUGUUGAAUUUGAGGGUAAUGAUGUUUCAGAUGAUGAAGAAGGUUCCAUAGAUUUCAAUGAGGAUGAUGAUGAUGAGGAUGACGACGACGAGGGUGAAGUUGAUCUCGAUGACGAUGAUUUGGAAGGCGAGGAAGAUCUUGAUGAGGAUGAAGAUGAUGCUUCAAUGUCCGAGGAUAUGUCAGGCAGUGACGAAGAUGAUGAUGAUAUGCUACCACCCAAGGCCAAGAAAUCUAAGAAGGAUGCCGCCGCUUCAUUGAAUGAACGCUCAUUUGCCAAGAAAUUGAAACACAGUACUGACAUGAGUUCAUUGUUUGCCGCCGCCGAUGAUUUUGCCGAACUUUUAGAAGAAACUGGUAAAGUUAAGGGCCAGGGAACCUCAAACGCCGUCUUCAACAAAGAUAAAUCAUCACAGAAACAGCUGCAGUGGGAGGAAAAACGCCGAUCAAAUACCAAAAACUAUUCAAAUAAAUCGAAACAGCAGAAGAAGGCCGGCAAAGGCGCUCAUUAUAAUGAUGUGGGUGAUCCCUUGGAAAAGGUGGCCUACAAGGGAUCUAACCGUUGUGGCACAUCGGCAUCCAAAUAUGUGUGUGGAUUAAAAUUAACAGGAUAA